AUGUCGAGCUUGUGUUUCAAAAGUCAAGCUCGUAUGUGGUGGCGCUGAGAAGCGAGUCUACACCCCUCGUCCGCAGGUAACGGAGUCAACAUUAUAGAGAAUAUCUGGCACCCUGCGCAACGCCUCGAAAUUUGGUCUUUCGAAGACAGACACCUAAAUUACACUAUGAUCCCCCUGGCAAGGAAUCUUGUUGGAAGGACCGCCAUUGUGACGGGGUCAUCGUCAGGAAAUGGGCGGGCCAUUGCCUUCGCUCUCGCCAAAGCCGGUGCCAAUGUGGUUUGCUCCGAUCGGAGGGCCGAGCAGCCACCAGAGGGUUACGAAGAAGACCAUCAGCCGACGCAUCUCGCCAUCCAGUCUAAAUACCGUGCAAAGUCCAUCUAUCAUCAAUGCGACGUGCAGCAUCAAAGCCAGAUCCGAUCACUUGUCCGGUGCGCUGUAGGCGAGUUCGGUCGAUUGGACAUCAUGGUCAACAAUGCUGGCAUUUUCACCGGCCUGAAAACCAUCCUGGACUGUUCGGAAGAGGAAUACGAUGCCACCAUGGCCGUCAACGCCAAAGGGACUUAUUUGGGAUGCAAGUACGCCAUUGAGCAAUUUCUUUCACAGGCGCCGUGCGCUGCCAGUGCUGGGGGAGAGUCCCAUUCCAUUGGAAAAAUUAUCAACAUCGCAUCCAUGGGCGGCAUCAUCGGGCUGAUGCAGGAGCCCGCUUAUUGUGCCUCAAAGGGCGCGGUGGUCAACCUGACGAGGCAGCUUGCCAUAGAUUUUGGAAAAAAGGGGGUCAACGUCAACGCCGUCUGUCCAGGGUUCAUGGCCACCGCCAUGGUCAGACCAUUUCUAGAAGACCCCGGCUUAAAAAGAUUUUUGGACGAAUCCACUCCAUGGCCCGUCUUGGGCACCGCAGAAGACGUUGCCAAUGCGACGAUAUGGCUAGCGAGCCCUGGAAGCGACUUCAUGACGGGUUCCAUCCUUACCAUUGAUGGUGGAUUUACUGCUAGGUAG